UCCAAGACAUUUAAAUCCUUGGCAUCACUAAUUAUAUCCUCCCAUCUGUCAGUGCGACAAAACUCACGAUCGUUUCGAGUGUAGUUUCAGCGUCAUCCCCGCCAAGAAUUGUUGCAACCACUGAAACCAUGCCUUAUUCCGACUACCUGAAUUCUUGGGGCGUGGGCGGCGACUCGGAUUCGGAUGGCGAAAGCCACCAUGUAGAUCAUCUAUCGCCAUCAAAUGGCUAUUUCGCCUCCUCUGCUGCCUCGUCAUUCCAUCAUGUGCCUACCAUACCAAAUAUCCUAAUCCCUGACCCCACGCUACAACAACAGCAAACGUCGGAGUCAGGCACUGAGUCGAAAGCUCGAGAAGCGGACGAGGAAAUACUCAGCUCAAAUACUCAGAGGUCAGGAACCUACUUCAGUCACUACAACCUGAUAGGAUCAGGCAGCACUCAAGGAGCUGGGCAAUCAGCGCAAAGCAGUGCCAAUCUGACCACCACACCAGACCAACGCCAACACCCUUUGGCAUCUGCGCAUACGUACUCGCCAUCGUCACCAUCUCGCACUUCUUUCCGGACUCGUCCGACAGGGGGACGGACUCCUUCUGUAUAUUCUGACGCACCACCCGCGUAUUCGCCCUCACCCACAUCACCUCUCACAGCUCGUCUCCCACCUAUCCCUAUCAGCCAACCUAGAAGCUACAACACAUUUAACGCAGCAACCAUGGGCGCGGCAGACAUAAUUGAAAACGAGCGGCUGCUCUCGCGAGAACCAGAAAGCCUCAGCCAACCAGAAGACGAAGAGACCGGUCGCAUAACACCAACAUUACCUCAUUGGAGCCGACGAGUUAGGAGACGACUACCAACGUGGCUCAACCCGAAGCUGGUGUUGGUUGGUCUGCUCAUACUACUCGUGUCCAUAACUCUUUUAGCAAGUUCCUUCCGGAUAGUGAAAGAAGACGGUAACAAGAAAACCAUCGGAGCUCAACCCGUCGAGCAAGGACCCCCAGAUUCCGAGAAAGUGCCCGCACAGCCGGACACCGACGAACCCGCCAUGGAGUCACCUUUCCAGCCAACCCGCUGUUCAGGGGCCGGGUAUCACUUCGAAGACCAGGUCCUGCCUCUCCAGUUCGCGAGAAACCGCAACGUCACCUUUCUGCAAGACCACCACCCGCACGCGGGAAACACCCAAGUGCACGUUGCCGGGCAAGUGCAUGUGCGACGCCUCGCCGAUGGGGGAGAUGAGCCGCGCAUAGUCCUCGAGAUCGUCACCAAUGCCCACGACCUCUUCCUCGACGUGUACGCGGACGAAGAGUCGCAGACCAUGAAGGUCAGCGUGCCGCGGACCUACGACAACGUCGACCGGGUCAACUGGCCGUGCGUCGAGAUGCGCGCGACGAUCUGGGUGCCCGCGGACGCCGAGAUCGGCGAGCUCAGGGUCGGGACCACCCACCUCGACAUCCUCCUCGUCGACGACCUGUCGCUGCACGUGGACGGGUACUCGCGGAUCACCUCCGUCUCCGGGAGCAUCACCUCCGCCGCCAACAGCCCCCCAUCCUCGCACCUCAACUACGCCAACGACACCUCCGGCUUCCUCCCGCCGGACCACACCUUCGUCCCCGCCAAGAACACCUACGCCUUCGACUCGCGCGUCAUCGAAGCCUCUUCCACCUCGGGCCCCAUAACCGGCAACUGGCCGUUAUACGACCUGCUCGGCCUGCACACCAGCUCCGGCGACAUCUCCGUCUCCAUCACACCGCAAGCCGCGAACCCCAACCCCAACCCCAACCCCGACAGCGACAAGCCCGCCAUCCUCUCGCUCUCCUCCCUAUCCGGCACCGUCUCCGCCUCGGAGCCGAUCCACGCGCGCCCGAACCAGCAGCAGCAGCAGCAGCAGCCCGCAACCCCCCCGCGCAACUACCUCGUCGACGUGAAGUCCACCUCCGGCGCCGUCCGCGCCGCCCUCGCCUUCAGCGGCGGCGCCACCUUCAAGAGCGCGUCGGCGGACCUCACGCUCGACCUGCUCCCCGUGCUCCCCGCGAGCGCGUCCGCCGCGGGCCCCGCGCAGCUGGAGACCGCGACCACGAGCGGCACGACCGCCGUGCGCGUGCUGUCGCCCGUGUGGGGCGGUCUCGGGGCCGCGGAAAACUCCGCGGCGGUGCGGGGGGUAGGUGGCAGGCCGCUGGACUGCCUGGCCGCGGUGCACAAGGCGACGAGCGGGGACAUCCGGCUCCAGUACCCGCAGGCGUGGGAGGGGUACCUGCAGGCGAGGACGAUGAGUGGGGUUCUGCGGGUGAGGGGGCGGGAUGUCAAGGUUGUGAAGCCGUCGCGGGGGUGGGGGCCCGAGUCGAGGCUGGAGGCGAGGAAGGGGGUGGUGCCGGGGAUGCCGGGGUCGUCGAUUUGGGCGCGGGCGUUGUCGGGGGAUGUGGAUGCUGUGGUGGGGGAUGUGUGAAUUAGAGAUGAUAAUGGGAUGGAAGGGUAUACAAGGGAGGUUGUAGUCUAGGGGGGAAGGGUAGGAAAGAAGGAAGGAAGGAAUAGGUACUUGAAAGUGUGGCGGGUAGCAUGCAUGUGGC